AUGAAUAACAAUUUAGAAAAUAACAAUUCUUUCAAAGAAAAUGAUAAUUCUUCCGAGGAAAAAAAUAAAAUAAAUACAGUUUCAAAUUCAGCUUUAAAUAAUUCAGAAUAUCCGAUUGAUAAUUUAUCAUCAUCUGAGUUAUUAUUAUUAGGGACAACAACUAAUAAUGAGGACGAUGAUGAUAAUAGUGAUAAU